AGUAAAAGAGCAUUAUGGGCUUCUCUCAAAAACCUUAUUACUGAAAUUGGCGGGAACUGGUGUCUAAUGGGGGAUUUCAAUGCAGUAAGAAAUGAACAGGAAAGGAAGGGUGGGAUGAGUAUAAAGAGAGAAAUGCCAGAGUUUGACGAUUUCAUUAAUGAAUGUGGCCUGGUUGAUUUACCAUUAAUUGGCAGAAAAUUCACCUGGUACCAUUCUAAUGGAGCCUCGAUGAGUAGGCUAGAUAGAUUUCUGCUCUCAGAAGAAUGGUGUCUGAAUUGGGAAAAUGUCAAACAAUGGGGCUUAAACCGAUCACUCUCUGAUCACUGCCCAAUUGUACUCAAAAACCAAAUUACAGAUUGGGGCCCAAAACCAUUUCGGUUCUUUGAUGCAUGGCUGGAACUACCUCAGUUUAAAGGUAUAGUCUCUGAUAUCUGGAAGUCUACAGUAGUAAAUGGAUGGAAUGGGUAUCGUCUGAAGGAGAAAUUGAAGGAAACUAAGAAGGUGCUGAAAGUGUGGAGCAAGAAUAUGAUCUCUGAGAUUGACUUGGGCAUUCAAAAGAGCAUUGAUUCUAUUGCCUCUAUUGAUAAAAAAAGGAUGAAAGAAAGUAUGUGGCGCCAAAAAGCUAGAAAGACAUGGAUAAGUGAGGGGGAUGCCAACACAAAAUUCUUUCAUAGAUGUGUGAAAGGAAGAAGAAGAAAGAAUGAUAUAUCUAGUAUCCUGGUGGGGAAUCAACGACUUGAAGAAGUAAAUAGUAUGAAAGACGGUGUGGCUAACUAUUUUGAGACACUGUUUAAAGAAGAUGUGUGGCAACGCCCAGUCUUAGAUGGGAUUGAAUUCAAGAAGAUCUCAGAUGAGGAGAGGGUGAUGUUGGAAGCACCGUUUAGUGAGGAGGAAGUCAGACAAGCUGUGUGGAGUUGUGAGAGCAUGAAAGCACCAGGACCCGAUGGAUUCAACUUCAAAUUUGUCAAGGAGAUGUGGGGAUCACUUAAGGAAGACGUAAUGGAAUAUGUAUCAGAUUUUCACAAGCAUGGCAAACUGGUUAGAGGGAUGAAUAGCUCCUUCAUUGUGUUAGUCCCUAAAGUCAAUAGCCCACAAAAAAUCGAAGAAUUCAGACCAAUCUCCCUAGUUGGUGUCAUGUACAAACUGAUUGCGAAAUUGUUAGCACGUAGGCUGUCUUCUGUCUUGAAUGGGAUUAUUGGUGAGAAUCAGAUGACUUUUGUCGGUGGAAGGCAAUUAGUUGACAGUGUGGUUAUCGCAAAUGAGGUUAUUGAUGAAGCCCAGAAAAGAAAGAAGAAAGGGUUUGUGUUUAAAGCUGACUUUGAAAAAGCUUAUGACAAAGUCUGCUGGGAAUUCCUGGAUUAUAUGAUGCUUAGAUUGGGUUUUGGUCAAAAAUGGAAAAACUGGAUUAAUGAAUGUUUGAAGACAGCAGAAGUCUCAGUACUACUUAAUGGCAGCACCACCAGGCAGUUUAAGAUGCAAAGAGGUCUCAGACAAGGUGAUCCUCUCUCCCCUUUCUUAUUUUUGAUUGUGGCUGAAGGUCUUAAUGGCAUCAUCUCUGCAGUUGCGUCAUUGGGGUUGUUUAAUGGGAUUGAAAUUGGGCAAUGUGGCAUGAAUGUAACCCAUCUCCAAUUUGCUGAUGACACAAUUGUGUUUGGUAAUGCUGCGGAAGAAAAUAUUUGGGCUGUUAAAAGUAUGCCGAUUGGGGGUAAACGCAGAUGUAUUGCCAUGUGGAGACCCAUGAUUGAUUCCUUUAACAAGAAACUUGCCAGCUGGAAAAAUAGAUUUAUCUCUCUCGGUGGAAGGAUCACGCUCCUUAACUCCGUGCUGUCUAGCCUCCCUGUGUUCACGAUGUCUGUCCACUUGCUGCCUAAAGGUGUGAAGGAUCUUAGAAAGUUUAAUUUAGCGUUGUUAGGCAAGUGGUGGAGUAGAUUGGCAGAGGGAGAGGAAGGUCUUUUGUACAGGGUUAUUCGUGAGAAAUAUGGUAGUAGUGGAGGUAAUUGGUUGAAUUGGAUUGAAGAGGGCAACCAGAAGGGGUCCUUAUGGUGGAGGGAUGUCUGUAGAUUAGAUUAUUCGUGCACAACUAGAGUUGGCUGGCUCGUAGAUGGCUUUAAACUAAAGUUGGGAGAGGAACAAAGAGCAUUUCUCAAAUGGGAUCCUGGAGCAAUGGAAGCUGGAAUUGGUCAUUGGAAUGGAGGAGGCCUAUCUUCUCCUGGGAGGAACACUCGAUGGCGGAGCUGUGGAGGAUGUUACAGUCUAUCCAACCAAUUAAGGGACAAAAGGAUCGAUGGGAGUGGAGGCAUGAUCAGGGGAUUUAUUCAGCUAAAUCGGGAUAUCAAACUCUUUCCAGUAACCACCAACAGAGUAGGAUCAUCUUGCAUAAAAGAAUUUGUCAAGGCAUGCUCAGUGAAUGUGCGGGAUAGUGGGGCAAUAGCUGAAAUGUUUUUCAAGAUCAGUAUAGUGAUUGAUAAAGACUAUGCAAUAGAUGGCAGAAAGUUCGACACGGGUACAGUGCCGACACACUGGAUCUGGUGUCGACACCAUGUUGCAUGCACCAAAAUAUCCCCCACGGACGUCGUGCUGGCUCAUAAUUCAGGGGGCGAUUCCAUUCGGUAGGAUUAGAAUUUGUAUGACUUUUAAUUUGUCAAGUUGAUGGGUUGGGGUACCCCUUGUACUCCGUUUAUCAAUAAAUAAUAUUUUUGCUG